AUGGCCAUUGGUGGACCAUUAUGGAGUCACGUAGAAGUUUCUUACAAUGGAGAGGGGUCACGUAAGUUGGCUGAGUGUAACAACGAGGUUCUUACUAACAUGAGAGAUCAGAUCCAGACCCUACAGAAGUUCGGUGUCACCCAUUACAAGGUACGGCUGGACUGGAUCGAGAACCCCCUGGACAGGGAUGAUGGACAUCUGCAGUGUUAUAGGACUCUACUCCAGAUGUUGAAUGAAGCCAAUGUUAGACCAAUCGUGAUCUUACAUGGCGGCGACCUCAAUAGACCAUCUGCAGGUGGCACCCAAGCUGGCCCCAAUCCUGUUGAUUCCUAUGCAGAAUAUGCUGAAUUUGCAUUCCGUUCAUUCGGGGAUUUGGUCCACACCUGGAUAACAUUUGAUGUUCCUGCAGAUAAUACAGAUUCCCAAUCCCUGCAGGUUCUGCUGGACGCCCAUGAGAGGGUGUACACGUUAUAUCACCAGAAGUAUUCUGCUAAAGGUGGACGGAUAUCCAUUGCUCUUGCCCCUUUUCUUCUGGACUCCUGUUUUUCACUUCGAGGGAAUUUCCUGAAAUCCGUUGACUUCAUUGCACUGAAUAUAAAUCAUGACUGUCAGAAUCCCCAGGAGCUGCAGAACUGGAUCACAGAUAAGCACAAUGAGAGAAAUGUGGAGACUGUCAUCUUCAGCUUAUCAAUGGCCGACUGCAAGAUUCUAUCAGAGGAAGAUCGAUAUGUUCUGAUGUUUCAUAUAUACUCAGGAAUCAGCGCUUCCUUUUCCAAACUCAUGGGAUAUGAUAUGAGUUAUUUAUUAUCUAAAUCAUCUAAAUCUAAUCAUCUAUUAUCUAAAUCAAUUGUCGGCAAAGGAAGAUCUGAGAAUCUUCCAGACAGGUCUUCAUCAUCCCGCUCGGCAUUUACCACAGUGUGGCAGAAAUUUUCUGGCCAGACACCAGCAGAGAGAGACGCCUUCUUGCACGACACUUUCCCCAAUGAUUUCCUUAUGGGAUCCUCCUCUUCGGCCUUCAAAGUAGAAGGAGGCUGGGCCGAGGGGGAUAAAGGACACUCUAUAUGGGAUGUUUUUGGACAAAAUAAUCAAGCCGAUAACAAUGCAACCGCCAAUUUGGCCUGUGACAGCUACCACAAGAUUGACUAUGACGUGUAUCUUCUGAAGGGCCUACAGUCUAAGGUCUAUCACUUCUCCAUCUCCUGGUCCAGAAUUUUCCCAACAGGACUGUCAUCCAAAGUGAAUGCGGCAGGCGUGAAAUAUUACAACAGAUUAAUUGACAGGUUAAUCAGAGAAAAUAUCAAACCAAUGGUGACGUUGUAUCACUGGGACCUGCCCCAAGCUCUACAGGAGUCCGGGGGCUGGCAGAGCGAAUCCACCACCCAGGCAUUUAUGGAAUAUGCAGAUUUCUGCUACAGUAAUUUUGGAGAUAGAGUUAAACACUGGAUAACCUUCCAUGAACCUUGGGUGGUUAGUUAUGCUGGUUACGGCACCGGACAACAUCCACCUGGAAUCAAGGAUCCAGGAAAUGCCUCCUUCAAGGUGAUACACAACAUUGUGAAAGCUCAUGCUAAGGCCUGGCAUGUUUACAAUGACAAGUACCGGACCCAGCAGCAAGGUCAGGUGGGAAUCUCUCUGAAUUCAGACUGGGCAGAACCAAAAGACCCUAAUAAUCCAGAUGAUGUGAGCGCUGCUGAGCGAUAUCUCCAGUUCAUGCUUGGGUGGUUUGCCCAUCCAAUUCUUGUCAAUGGGGACUACCCAGAGGUUCUAAAGACGCAAGUCAAUCACAUAAAUACCCAAUGUUCCUCUAUAUUGGCUCAGCUGCCCGCAUUUACUGAGGAGGAGAAAGCCUACAUCAAUGGCACUGCAGACUUCCUCGGUAUCUCCCACUAUACUUCCCGAUUGGUCAAUGGUUCUCAGAGCGGCAACUGUGUGGCAGAUUAUGAUAAUAUUGGAGGAUUUGCGCCACAUGUGGAUCCUUCAUGGCCGACCACUUCCUCUCCAUGGCUCUAUGUGGUCCCAUGGGGUCUCAGGAGGCUUUUGAACUUUGUCAAGGAAGAAUAUAUAAAAGGAGGACUACCCAUAUACAUAACCGGAAAUGGUAUGCCAACACCAUACACUGGAGAAGUGUACAAUGACACAGAUCGGGUUGAGUACUUGACGGCUUACAUCAAUGAAGCCCUGAAAGCUGUAAAGACUGAUAAUGUGACUGUAAGUGCCUUUGUAGUCCGUUCUCUCCUGGAUGGCUUUGAGGGACCCCAAGGAUACAGUCAAAGGUUUGGUUUACAUCACGUUGAUUUUGAGAAUGGAAACAGACCAAGAACCCCCAAACAAUCCGCCUAUCUCAUUUCCAACAUUGCUGAAAAUAAUGGCUUUCCAAGGACAAAAUUGGUAAAAAAAAUUCCUCUCACAGAAUGGAUACAUACAAAAAAGUUACCAGCUCUGCCAGCAUCAGAAGUCCCCUCAAAGGCCAAAAUUGUAUGGAAUAAGUUCUCAGGACAAACAGCUUUUGAAAGGGACAUGUACCAUUAUUCUACAGUUCCGAGUGAUUUUAAGUGGGGAGUUUCAACCUCCGCAUUUCAGAUUGAAGGAGGAUGGAAUGAAGAUGGAAAAGGACCAAGUAUAUGGGACACUUUUUCACAUAUUCCUGGAAAUAUUUUUGACAAUGGCAAUGCAGACAUUGCCUGUGAUAGUUACCACCAGCUGGAUGCUGACUUGUACAUGCUGAGGAGUCUAGGUGUGAAUAGUUACCGGUUCUCCAUCUCAUGGUCUAGAAUCUUCCCAACUGGACAAGGCACAGUCAAUAGUAAGGGCGUUGACUAUUAUAACAGGCUUAUUGAUGGUCUACUGGCAAACAACAUCUCACCAAUGGUGACUCUUUACCACUUUGACCUCCCUCAGGCUCUUCAGGACAUUGGUGGCUGGGAGAAUGAUACUGUCCUUGAGGCCUUUCACAGCUAUGCAGACUAUUGUUUUCGAACAUUUGGCGAUAGGGUUAAGUUCUGGAUGACUUUUCACCAACCUCACACGAUUGUUGCUACUGGUUAUGGUAAUGGUCUCUUUCCACCUGGAGUGAAAGAUGACCCUGGUAAUGCACCAUACAGAGUGGCUCACAAUCUUAUCAAAGUCCAUGCCAAAGUCUAUCAUACCUAUGAUGAGCAGUAUCGAAUAAGUCAAGGAGGUUACAUUUCUCUGAGCCUCAACACUAACUGGGUGGAACCCAAAGACUACAGAGAACCAAGGGACAUAGAAGCUGCUGAUCGAUACCUGCAAUUCACCUUAGGAUGGUUUGCACACCCCAUCUUUAAAAAUGGUGACUACCCAGAGGCGAUGAAAUGGCAGGUGGCCAACAAAAGUGACCUUCAGGGUUUACAAUCUUCCAGACUUCCAGCUUUUACUGAUGAGGAAAAGGCUUACAUCCAAGGAACAGCCGAUGUUUUCUUCAUAAACAUCUACACCACAAAAAUAGUUCAACAUCAAACUACAGUCCUCUUUCCCCCAUCUUUCCAAAAUGAUAUAGACAUUACAGAAGAGUUUGAUAGUAGCUGGCCAGACACUGCUGCUGAAAAUUUCAAAGCAGUAGCCUGGGGCCUUAGGAGGCUUCUUAACUGGGUAAAAGAAGAGUACGAAGAUGUCCCCAUAUAUAUCACUGAGAAUGGAGUUGCGAUGGACAGGAAUACCGAUUUUGAUGACUAUGCUCGAAUUUCCUAUCAUCAGACAUAUAUAGAUGAAGCCCUGAAAGCCCUCAAAUUAGAUGGUGUCAAUCUGAAAGGCUACUCUAUCAACUCACUUAUGGACUCCUUUGAGUGGAACCAAGGAUACCGAUUUCGGUUUGGUCUUCAUCAUGUGGAUUUCAAUCAUCCCACCCGUGCAAGGGCUGCAAAACGCACGGCUAUUUACUAUGCCGAAAUUAUUGCCAAUAAUGGCAUCCCCUUUCAGAAGGAUGAUGAAUUUCUAUAUGGAGAAUUCCAGGAUGACUUUGCUUGGGGUGUAGCCUCUUCAUCUUUUCAGAUUGAAGGGGCCUGGAGGGCAGAUGGGAAAGGCCUCAGCAUCUGGGAUCAGUUUACUCAUACACCAUCUAAGAUCGUUGAUGGUACUAAUGGAGACGUGGCAUGCAACAGCUACUACCGGGUUGACGAGGACAUAGAACUUCUUAAGGAACUCCGGGUGUCACAUUACCGAUUCUCAAUCUCUUGGCCUAGAAUUCUCCCCGAUGGGACCUUGAAUCACAUCAAUGAGGCCGGGAUCAGUUACUACUCUCGCCUGAUAGAUGGCAUGAUGGCUGCUGGUAUUACACCACAGGUCACUAUUUAUCAUUGGGAUCUUCCUCAAGCUUUGCAGGACGUUGGUGGUUGGGUGAAUGAGACAAUAAUAGACAGGUUUAAGGACUACGCUGAGCUUCUCUUCCAAAGAUUGGGUGAUAGAGUGAAGUUCUGGAUCACUCUGAAUGAACCGUACAUCAUUGCUCACCUGGGGUAUGGAGAAGGAGCCUUUGCUCCAGGAAUCUAUUCCCCAGGGAUUUAUGUCUAUGAGGUGGGACAUAACCUGAUUAAAGCCCAUGCAGAAGUAUGGCACCUGUAUAAUGAUACAUACAGAGCCUCUCAGGGUGGUCUAAUCUCCAUCACCCUCAACUCAGAUUGGGCUGAACCAAUAAAUCCUUAUAAACAAGAGGACGUAGAUGCGGCAUGGAGGUACUUGAUGUUUUUUGCUGGCUGGUUUGGAUAUCCUAUUUUUAAAACUGGUGACUACCCGGAAAUUAUGAAGAGUAGAGUUCGAGAGAGGAGCCUUGCUUUUGGGCUACCUAAAAGCCGGCUCCCAGAAUUUACUGAAAGUGAGAAGCAAAGAAUAAAAGGGACGUAUGACUUCUUUGGCCUGAACCACUAUACUACAUGUCUGGUUGGACAAGCCUUAGGCUAUGACUUAGAAUACCAGGCGUACCAAGGGGACAGGGGGGUUUAUUUAUGGAGCGACCGAACCUGGCUUGGAUCUGGUAGUGUAUGGUUGAGAGUGACACCUUUCGGUCUACGAAGGUUAUUACGUUGGAUAAAGGAAGAGUUCAACAAUCCUGCCAUAUAUAUCACAGAAAACGGCAUAUCUGAGCGCGGGACAAAUCUAAACGAUGAAUGGAGAACGUAUUAUUAUAAGCAUUAUAUAAAUGAGGCCAUGAAAGCUGUAAAGUUUGAUGGUGUUGAUCUCCGUGGAUACUCGGCCUGGAGUCUGAUGGAUAAUUUUGAGUGGGCAGAAGGUUACUCUGAACGGUUCGGUUUGUAUUAUGUCAAUUUUUCGGACCCAAAUCUGCCUCGCCUCCCUAAAGAGUCUGUGAAAUACUACAGAUCUGUGGUUCAGUGCAAAGGCUUCCCUGACCCAGAUAAUGGGCCUCAUCCUUGUCUAUCUCCAGAACCUGAAGGUACAACUUCCAGGCCCACAGCCGGCCUCACCACAGGACCCCCAGAAGACCCGGACCCUCCAGCAGUGGACUUUCUUGGGAUGGAAAUCUCCACCUCGGACGCCAUGGUCGCUUUAUAUGUGGAAUUUGCCAUCCUACUUGCCGCCGUCUUGACCAUCGUUUUGCUUGUAGUUCUGAUCAGUAAAUUGCGUAAAAAACUAAAGGUACAACUUCCAGACCCACAGCCGGCCUCACCACAGGACCCCCAGAAGACCCGGACCCUCCAGCAGUGGACUUUCUUGGACUGAAAAUCUCCACCUCGGACGCCAUGAUCGCUUUAUAUGUGGAAUUUGCCAUCCUACUUGCCGCCGUCUUGACCAUCGUUUUGCUUGUAGUUCUGAUCAGUAAAUUGCGUAAAAAACUAAAGGUAGAAGAGUUAUUUUAGCUGUGACCAUAAAACUAUGUAAAAUUGUUACACAAAUGAUCUGGAGGAUAAUAAACUAUAAGAAAAAAAAAUCAUCUCCUGUUAUUUGUCAAGAAUAAGAAGAUGAUCAGACCUGAGAGGAGACACUGGAUAUAAGACUAUACAUCGGGAUUGUUGUAGUACAGUACUGAUUCCUGCAUGUACUAUAUAUUAUUAUUGUCAGGUAUAGCGCCAAAUCCAGAU